UCGAUACAACAAACAAAUUGCAAGUGCCGUUGCACUGUUUUAUACUAGUAUGAAAAAGUCGACCGGUAUACACUUAGGGUAAUAAACAAAUGGUUUACCGAUGUAGAUUAGUUCAAAUUAAGUUCGCCGUUCGGGAAAGAUUACACGGCUACCAGUCGAGCGGCAACAGUGAACGAAAAAAAAAAAUCGAACGGAAUCGAUUGAUUGGUAAUCGAAAAAAAAAAAAAAAAAAAAAAAAAAAAAAAUUUGUACAAAUUUUUUGUAAAAUUUAUUUAUUAUCAAUUUUGUCACGUCUGUUCGACGAUGCGUAAAAUUUUCGUUAUACCAUUGAUCUGUGCGGUGUCUCUGCUUUGUUGUCGAUUUGUAAAAUCAGUCAACGAUACCCAUUUCCAUGACAAAUCGAUCGAGGAGUCAGAGGAAACGGAAACAACGACGAUGGAUACGACGACCGUAACGAAAAUUACGGAAACCACUGAGACGACGCGAAAAACGACGAAGAUGCCCACCGAAAGUUCAAAUUCGAAUUUGACGACCGAAAAACCCGCGGAGAAAGUAAAUUCAGAACAGCCGAGUGAAACGAUUGUCUCAAAUGACAAUACGAAAGGUAAUUGGAUGAAAGUGAAAAACAGCAUCCGCGACGACCUGAUGAACGUGCAGGCGAUACUCGUAAAGGACGAGGAAGUCACGAAGCAGUGCCAGACGGCGAAUUUGGAAGCAAAAACUAGAUAUCUCAUGUGCGGCGGUUCCAUCAUAUCCGAUCAUCACGUAUUGACGUCGGCGUCGUGUAUACAUGAAGCGACGCACAUCAGGCAUAAUAUAAAAGCGCCACUGGCCGUUGUCAUAGCUCCCACGAAAAGUGGUUCGCAGAUAAUACGAGUGCAGGAUUACGUGAUACAUCCAAAUCAUCAGGACGAUCCUCACAAGGCGAAUCAUCUCGACCACAAUUUGGCAAUACUCAAAUUAGCAUGCAGAAUAAAAAGCAACAUUUUGAAAAAAGUUAAAUUGCCCGAAUCUCCCUUCACCGAGAUAUGCGGCGAUGGGAAUUGCAUGGCUACAUUUUUUCGAAAACUCGGAAAGUCCUCGUAUAGAAUGUACGAGAUAACUGCAGAAAAUAUACCGCUAUCGAAACGUAAGAGGGAUCAGAGUGCAGUUUUAUGGUCAACGAAGGUAUCGAGCGUGACGGAAGGGCCGGGGAUUGAUAAGAAAAGGAAUAAUCGAGAAGUUCGAAAAUUAAUUCAUCCGCCCACGUUCGACAUCAGUUUCGCCGCCACUGGUGCGGAGAGAGCCAAUCGGAAUUGGCUAAAAGUUUCAAGUGACACUGAUAACACGAAAAAGGCGAAUACACAAAGUACGAUAGUAUCGACGAGUGCGACUACGAUUACUGAAAAAACUACUAGGAAAAUGGGACCGAUGAAAACAACCGAUAAAUCGAUAAUCAAUAACAAUAGCGUAAAGUCAAUAAUGACAAGAGCCAGUGACGGUACGAGUCGUUGUCCCUCAACGGGAACACCAGUGAUGUCUGAGGAUGUUCAGACAGCAUUAGUGUCAGUGCCCUGUGACGAUCGUCAGCCAUUCAGAGCCUGGGGAUAUACCGAUCUGUUCGUUAACAUCGAUUGGAUAAAUCAUACGGUGGAAAAUUUGAAGAAACCCGAAAAACCGGCAAGCGAGAAUGUCGGUACAGGACCUUGCCACACGUGCAUAUUCAAUUUCUACUUUGCGAAGGGUCACGAUCAGAAAUACGGAAGCUCAGAAAAGCCCGAUUGCAGUAAGGUGAUCACAAUAGCCAGCAAAGAUAACGGCCUAAGUAGUAAUAUAAUGCAAAGCUUAAAGAUUCGGGUGUUAAACGACAAUAACAAAAAUCCGAUAGUAUUUCAUUCGAAUUUCGGGGCACAGAGCGGCCCUGCAUUACCGACCGCGUAUGCAGCCGCGCCUGCGCGCGAGUACCGAUCGAACGCGGACUCGAUCGACCAGACGUCCAAUGACGAUAAUCGCCGAUCGACAAUGGAAAAGCGUAGGAACGUUACCGGAAAUUGUACGCCGGAACCCGAUAUCCUCGGCAUGGGACUGAAUGGCAAGAUGACGCAGAUUAAAAAAGCGUCGCUGGCAACCGAGAUAAGAGAUAAUACCUUGAUGGAGAGGAUGAAAUUUUUUAAUUUUCAAAAUCAAAAAAAAACAAUUCAAAAUCAAUCCCAGCGAGAUAUGUACACCGAGGGGCAAGAUUAUGGACAUUACAUCGAUAAAGAACCGAACGUCGUACCGGAAGCAUCGAAAACGAUAUUCCCACGUGGUGGCGGGAAAUUUGAAAAUCAGCAACCCCGCCUGCCGGUUCGAUCGACGGAAAAUCGAGCGAAGAAUAAUCAAUCCGAUACGUCGCCGUUGGAUGCGGCUAAUGCGACCUUGUUAUAUCCAAAUUUGAGAGGAUUUUUCAAAGAUCCAAAAAAAUUGUCAAAUUACCCAGAAAUCAUGGAAAAUUCGAAUACCGAUGACAGUCCCGAGGAUCACAUGAUAAUCGUGAAGCUGCGCAUAGAAGAGCCACGUUACGAUCCAUUGAAGACGUCGAGUGAGGUAGAGGAGGCGAUACUGAAAAAUAUGAGCGUAAUGAUCGACGGGGAUCGAUCGAAAAAUUCGGAGAUCUACGUAAACGGGAAAUCGUUAAAGGAUUCCGAAAUUUACGUGUACGGCGAGAGAACACGAAAAUCACGUAAUUAUCGAGAGAACCGAGAUUUUCGAUAUUCGUCAAAGACAACACAAAUUUAUCAGAUCGAUCGAACGACCGAUAAAUCGAUUACGUGGGCGAACGAUCGUAUCGUGCGACUACCGAGUUCGACCGGUUACGCGACCAGACAGGAGCGACAAUCAUACGCAGUCAACAAGGCGACUGUGGAAACGAGAAACUACAACAAUGGACAUCCUGGUCGACCAAUGGAAUUUUCUGACAAUGUCGCUAAUCUGCGAGCUGCGAGAAAACAGGAUCUCCAUGAAUUAUUCCGCAAGAAUCGGCAAAAGGGAAGGGACUAAUUUUUAUAUCAUUAUUAUACAUUUAUAUAUACAUACAAAUAUAUGCCUAUAAAAUUAA